GAACAGGAGUUACUCUCGUACGUUGAACUCCCAAAAUAUGCAACACUUCCACCUUUCUACCUUCGGGCAAUUAUUAUCGACCUCCUGCCGCACAUCUGCGCAUCCCAUCGCUGGCUUCUAAACAUCAAAGGCACACUGGGUGGUGAUGGAGGAGGACAAGCACUGGUGGAAGAUGUGGGCGUUGGACGGGAGUCAGGCCUUGGCUCAUUUCUCGGCUGGUCCGAGAACUGGGCUUUACUGGUGCUGACUCCUUGUGUAUGA